AUGACCGAUGUCCCCACAAAAUCCGCGGCAAAGCGCUCUGCCGGGCAAAAUGCGGAGAAGACCAAAGGAGAAGAGUAUGAAAAGAAUAUAACCGAGCACCCAACUAUUACUUCUUACCUUCAAUCUCAUCUCCAAUAUCCAACCUCUCAAUUCCAAACUCCCCACAAACACGAUCAAAUCCCUCAACUUCACCUAUACCCAACCACCAAAAUGGGAAAAUCCAUCCUUCUAAUCAAUGGCCCAAACCUGAACCUCCUGGGUACACGGGAACCACACAUCUAUGGACACACCACACUCUCCGAUGUAGAAUCAAACAGUCGCGAGGUUGCCGCCAGUCAUGGGGCUGUUCUCGAAUCUUUCCAGUCGAACCACGAAGGCGCGAUCGUGGACCGCAUCCAGGCGGCGCGUGGCAAAGUCGACGGUAUCAUCAUCAACCCGGGCGCGUAUACACAUACCUCCGUUGCGAUCCGCGAUGCUUUGCUCGGUGUUGCUAUUCCCUUUAUCGAGCUCCAUGUGAGCAAUGUCCAUGCGCGCGAACCGUGGAGACACCACUCGUACUUCAGUGAUAAGGCUGCGGGCAUUAUUGUUGGUCUUGGGGUUUAUGGGUAUAAGGUUGCCGUUGAGCAUGUGUGUGUUAAUUUUGAGGAGAAGGAGAAGGAGCCCAAGGCUGCGUUGUGA